AUGUCUGUGGCUGCAUAUGGGAGUGCCUCUGGGGCUCCUUGGGAGUUUGAAAUCUACUGGUAUGAACGGUUACAGAAAACCUGCUCUAUCGCCCUGGUGGGCAAGUAUACCAAGCUCCGAGACUGCUACGUCUCCGUGUUCAAGGCCCUGGAGCACUCAGCCUUGGCCAUCAAUCGCAAGUUGAAUCUGCUGUACAUAGACUCCAUUGAUCUGGAGCAGACCACCGAAACCGAGGACCCUGUGAAAUUCCACGAGGCCUGGCAGAAGCUUUGCAAAGCUGAUGGUGUCCUUGUGCCAGGAGGCUUCGGAAUCAGAGGAACGUUGGGGAAACUCCAGGCGAUUUCUUGGGCAAGGGCAAAGAAGAUACCUUUUCUGGGAAUUUGCCUGGGCAUGCAGCUAGCCGUCAUAGAGUUUGCAAGAAACUGCCUGGACAUGAAAGAUGCCAACUCCACAGAAUUUGAGCCAGAGACCCGCAUUCCUGUGGUGAUUGAUAUGCCAGAGCACACCCCUGGUGAUUUGGGAGGAUCGAUGAGACUGGGAAUCAGAAGAACUGUGUUCAAAACUGAAAAUUCAAUACUGAGAAAACUCUAUGGUGACGUUCCUUUUAUAGAAGAAAGACACCGUCAUCGCUAUGAGGUGAACCCUAAUAUGAUCAACCAAUUUGAGAAGCAUGACCUGCAUUUUGUAGGUCACGAUGUUGAAGGGGAGAGAAUGGAAAUCAUUGAAUUGACCAGUCACCCUUACUUUGUUGGUGUCCAGUUCCACCCUGAGUUUUCUUCUAGGCCAAUGAAGCCUUCUCCUCCAUACCUGGGACUAUUACUUGCAGCAACUGGGAACCUGAAUACCUACCUGGAACAGGGAUGCAAAUUAUCUCCCAGUGAUAGAUACAGCGAUUCCAGUGAUGACAGCUUUUCAGAGCCCAGGCUAGCGGAGUUGGAAAUCAGCUGAAACUCACACCCUUUUCAGACAACCAGGGACUGCCUGCGAGGCCUCUGAACUAACUGAAGCCAAGAUGAAAGAACUGUCUGAAGAACUUUGCCACACUUUUAAAGACUCAGCCACUCCAUCAAUCUGGACCAGAGUGGUCCUCUCCCUCAUCCUCCAAAGGUGACCUCUGGUUCUCACAGAUUUCUGUAACUGAUUAAACUUUUCCCAACCUGC